AGUUUUCUGUGUUUCCAUGGCUGGCCUUGACAAACACAGACAGGCACAUACUUUCAUCCAACGAGAGUUCUUUAGGGAGUAGCAAUCACACCUUGGUGCGAACCACAUGUGAACUUCUGUGUGAUGUCAUCAUGCAAGACUUUCCUGCUGAGAUCUUCCUGCAAAGGCCCAGCAUUGUAAAGAGCCUUCUGUCCCUGUUGAGGCUUGGUUCGGGUAAAGGUGAGGCGAGCUACCUUCACUUGCCUUCUCUUUCCUGCCUGCGGCUGCUUUGUGUGGGACUAAGAAAGAGACUGCGCUUUCAUCAAGAUCCAAGCUUCUACUCUGCAAAACAAGAUCCCGUGUCCCAGAACUCGUCCUUCUCUUACAACCAGGAUGUUCUGGGGGCCCAGCGUUCGCAGGCUUCGUCUCCCGGGGCAGAGUGCUCUCCACGGCCCUCUGUGGUGGGACGCACGGGCCAGAGAGCCAGAGGAGAUGGCCAAGAUGGAGAUGCAGCUUCUAACAGUGGCAGCUCACACAGAGGUGGAGCAGCAGACCAGGCCCCCAGACAGAUGGCCCAUUCACCUGCAGAUGUAACCCACUUGGAGCUUCCUGACCUGGGUGUAGAAGAUGUCCUGGAGCUGCAGUUACGGCAGCUCACACUGGCUCAGUUCACUGUUGCCACCAUGGAGCAUGCUAUACCACUGCUUAAGACAGGUUUUCAUGUGUUCCAUCGUGUUCUGGAGCUGCUGUGUGACGCUGUCCUCCUGCUUGGGGACAGUGUUUGUGAACUGGUCUGGGACGAUCGCAGCCUGGUGGGGAUGGAGCUGAAGGAGAAGCUGCAAGCCUGCUUGGAACUACUGGCGGAUAUUCUGAGCUAUCACCAGAGCUUUUCAGGAGAUAUUCCCCACAGUUCUCAGGUUCACCACAGAAUGGCCUACAUAGGCACUGCCAUAUUCACCAUUAAACUCCUACAGACCAUCCUGCCUCUGGAGAAGGCUAGUGACAAUCUCCCAGAAAACACAGCAACGGCUAUCCUCCACUUAUGCUUGGACACAUCGUUUGGGGGUUUGUUACCCAGCAUGCAAGAGACAGCAGUGGCCUACUUGGAGCAAGUGAACUCCGAUGGUCAUGACCUCUACAGGAGGGUGGCCCGAGCUGCCCUCUGGAUGGAGUCCACUUGCAACUUUGUAAAAGAAGCACAAGCUGAGGGGGAAAAGAAUUGGUUGGAGUUACUGGAGCUGGCAGACCAAGCUGUAGAUGGUCUUCCGUUUCAUCAGCACUUGCCCAUCAUCAAAGAAUGCGUCCACAUUUGCUCUUACCUGUGGAAGUUUGAUCAGCCCAGUCCACUCCUCCAAACUGAGAGCCAGAAACUCCUUCUCAAGCUGCUGUCCCAUCCUCUACUGCCUGUCAAGAUAGAAACAUAUGAAUGUACUUUAAACCUGGUCAAGGACUGUCUUGGCAUCCAGAAUGUGUCACGACAGGAACCAGGACCGUGUGCUGGAGUCAGCUUCCUUCUCCACCACAGAGUACUCUAUGAAAUAGUCACUUUUGGACUCCAGGACUCUUCAGAAAAGGUGAAUGUGUCUGCCAAGGAUAUCCUGCUAUUCCUGCUCAAGGGACGAUUGAUGAUGACAGCGUCAACCUGGGACAGAUUCAAUGAGGCACUUUACCCGGUCAUGCCCAUAUUACAGGGUUACGCCAGCACUGAAGAGUCACUGGGAAACUGUGUCCUGCUGAUAAGUGACAUGUCGGAUGUGACAAGAGACAACGCGUUCCCAAGUACAGCCAAGCUAAAAGCAGCACUCCGGCUUCUUUUCACUAAACAACCCACCGUGAGAAUAGCAGCAGUGCAACAAGUCCUGCCACACCUAAACACAGAUGAUGAUGCGCACACAGUCAGACCAGAGUUGGAUCAGUCAGCGAUCGCCUCACUCCCCAACCUCUACUGCCUAAGAAACCCUUUAGACAUCACACUGGACACCAGCAACAAAUCUGUCCUAAAGGUGGAGUCGGUUGAGAAGCUUUUUUGCAUCCUGCACUCAGACACUGUUGACAUCUCCCUGAGAAGAUCGGCUGCAGAACAGCUGUCAGUCGUACUACAAGAUACAGCAAUGCACCCAGUGCUGAAGAAUCUUGGAAUAACAGAUAAAGUCAUUUCUUUCAUUAUGGAGAGUAUAAAUGGCAACAAGAGCUUGGAUUGUCUGCUGGAGCCUUGUGUAUGUAUCCUGAGAAAGCUGGUGUAUGCUGAUCCAUCUCUGAGGCACAGCCUGGCACAGCGCAACCUCCUGCUCCUCACACUGCUCAGGGCCUCCUUGAUAUUGAAGGCGAACAAAGGCAGUGGAAGUGAGAUUGCUGUCUUGAUGAGUUUGCUGCUAUUUGAUGAGAUUGCCAGUAUUGAGAUAUGGUCGGACAAAUCCAACACAGACGUGAGCUUCACACCGUUUUCGCUACCGCUGACAGUAGUACGCAGGUACAACAUUCCGUUUCAGGCAGCGACUCAUCACGCUGUUAGCCCGUACUGCUGCGUCUUAGCUCCUUCCUCUGACCUCCUGACCCUUAACCCUGCCCGCCAUGCCCUGCAGGUGGCCUGGAACACUGCAUGGCAUUCAGGGAUAGAUAAUCUUCUUGAGAAGCUGCGCGGCAUUGCUAGUGAUGUUACUGAAUUUCAUCCUGAUUUAAAGCUGUCAGAAACACAAGUUCUGUCGCUGCAGGCUGUGCACCUUCCUGCCGCGCUGCAGGACUGCAUCCAGGCCAUCGUCACUGCAGCGGGACACAGUUCUGUGGCCUCUGCCCUCUCCAGGCUCAGCCUCUACUUGUUGUUUGACAGACUGGCUCUCCCUCACAUUCCCACCCACAGCUGCAGAGACACCCUUCACUCCCUCAGUUUGCAGGCAGCAGUGACCAGGUUUCUCCAGGUGCGUCCAGCCUGUGUUGAGGAUGAAAGGUUGCUGGUGGGUAUUGUUGCAUUUUUGAAUGCCUACUUCAAACAGAUGCACACAGAGUUUGUGUCUGACCCAGAGGACAAGAAUCUACGCUGGAUACUGGAGCUGCUUCUCAACCAGGAGACUGCAUCUCUCCUUAAUUUGCUGCUUGGUGUGGAGACCCAGGCCUCACCUCAGAGCCCAGGGGAGCAGGACGAACUGAAGAAUCGUGUUAGCCAGAGACUGCAGAGAGAGCUUACGAGUUUCUUUAACACCUUGCUACUCCGUCUAACGCACACCACUGACAGGCUAUGUUUGGCAUUAGCAGGCCCCUUCAAGAGCCAGCUGGCAGUCCGUUUGCUUCAGAGCCUGCGGGUGUCUGAUGCACCGCGUUUCUAUGGCCUUCCCAGCCUGGAGAGGACACUGCAGGGCAUGGUCAGCCUGACUGCCCAGCCUGGCUGGAGCUUUCACUGCCCUGACCUGGAGCCCAGCACCCUCUGCUCCAAGUAUCUCAGUGGGCUAUUAGAGGUGAUCUCCUCGUUUUAUGUUGAAUGGGGAGGUAACUCCUUGUCUUUCAUGGGGAAAGGUGUAACCAAGAAUGCUGUCAUCUGCUUGCUUCACCUGUCCCAUGAGAUGCUGUCCAGAAACAAGAACAAGGACUUGAUUUCCCAGUGGUCUUUGGGGAAUGAGUCAGCUACUGAAGAGGCCAGUGCCUCUCAGCUGGGUUUGGCCUGGCUUAUCCCGCUAUGGGUGGACCGAGACCAAGAGGUGAGGUUUGCCAGCUUAGGUUUAGGUGCAGCUCUGUCCUCGAAGCCCAGCGGGUGCCAGGCGCUGUGUGCCAGCUGUCAGAACAUUAGCGGAGGUCUGUGGGGCACGUUGCUCAACAUCCUACUGGAUCAACAGGAGAGCAGCAUGGUCCGCAGAGAGGCUGCAUUUAUCCUGCAGAACUUGCUGGUGAUGCCCAUGCCUGCCAACGCAGAGGAGGCCAAGGACUCCCACUGGCAGCACCCAUGUGUCCACGAUGAGGUGUCUGGCGUGUCUUUAGUGGGUCUUCCAGCGCUGCAGGCUUUGCUUUACCACUGUCAAUAUUUCCAGCAUGUAGCUCUGUCUGCUUCAAGUUGUUACCGUGGCAGGUACACUUUCCACCUCCAACCUCAUGUUGGCGCUAGCAGCGGCCCCAGUCCUCCGGAGAGCACUGCAGCGGAUUCUGAGAACUCUCUGUGGUCUUGGAAAUGUGACCCACCAGCACCCACCGUCAACUCUAGCAGACCUUCCAGUUCCCUCUCCACCUCCAGCACUGUGGUCAGCAACGCUGCAACAAGAGGUUCAAGGCCACACACCCCUAAGGCUCCUUCCCCACUGAACAUCAGAGAAGAUACCCCUGCCAGCAGACUGAUGGCACAAGGCCAGAGUGAUACAGACACAAGUAACUCGGUUACCUCGCAGGACUCCCGACAGGCCGAGCCCUCAGCCGUCGAACCUGUUGUCAUGGUAACUCCUGACCUCCUGACGGCCCACUGUGGCCUGCUGACCAACCUGCUGGCCAUCCUUCCAGAUUUCACCCUCACUGCCUUCCGACACCACCAGCUCCUCCACGUUCUAGCCAGUCUAGUGGAUAUUGGGCCCAUCGAGAAAUGUUUGACUGAACUGAAGACACCCACCAUCCUUCCAGGAGAGAGAGAAGACAUCAAAAGUCAGUUUGUCACCACACUUCAGUUCCUGUCCAGCUUCUGCAAACUGCUGCAGUCAUGUGUCACGACAAGCAUGGAGCCGAUUGGCCAGAUGGACUUCCUGAAACAGCUGUUGUCUACUCUGGUGGCUGUACUCAUGCUGGAUACUAAAGGAUUAGAUGCAGGUACCCGGGACGUGGUUUGUGUGUGCUGGGCAGACGUGUUUAUGCUCCUGGCUACUCUGGUGAAGAGGGACAGUUCAGCAGCACACCCAUCUGUCUCUGCUGCAUUGGGGAGACGCUGGCGGACAUUUGCAGGAACAUUAGCAGUGUGUGUGAAUGAGAGGUUUGCAGACCCUGUUCUCCACACAGUAGCUCUGCAGUUUCUCAGUACAGUUUUCACAGAGGAGACAAAGACCCGGAGUGAAGAGGUCACAACCACAAACUCUAAACACGCCACUCAUCUGUCAGACGUCCUAAAUGGUCCCUCGGCGAGCGAACUGUGUGAGCUGUUACUGCAGAGUUUUGAGAAGAGGACCUUUCAGGACCCUCUAAAGAAGCUUACAGCGAGAGCUCUGAUGACACUGCUAGCUUGCAGUCCCACAGCUCAAAAUUAUGCAGCCAAAGCCGGGUUAAUUGACAGCUGUGUAGAGCAAAUGAAGCAAAUUCAGUCCCAGCUCCAACUGGAGUCAGUCCGACCCGGCAAGGCUUCUCACCGCAAGAAGGAAGAGGGCUAUUUAAAGGAAGUCAAGCUGACUGUGGAGAUCCUGCGGAGUGCUCUUUACUGCAACGAUGAAUGCAAAGUGGUGGCCACAGAUGCCCGCCUAACACUGGCACUCUAUGCUCUUUGGCCUUGGCUUCUACUGGACAACCCCACCAUGGAGGCGGCGCUGGAGCUUCUGUGUGUCUAUACGGCCAACUGCACAACAGCAUGCAGUUCCCUUUGUGGCAACGGCCCUGGUGUUGUACCAGGAUCUAAAGGCUCCUCCAGCAGCUCUCUGAUGCACUCUGUCAUGAAGCUGUCCUCAGGGCUCGCUUCAGACAACAGCCCCAUCCAGAAUCUGGCUUUCUCUCUCUUGACAAACCUGGCCGUUUCACGUGACUGCAGAUGCCUCCUGCAAAAGAAUAAUUUCCUUCAGGCUUUCCUAUCAGUGCCAGUGCCCAAGGCGUCCAGUGUUAAGGCUGCGUCUUUAGGUGGCGGUGGAAGCCUCCUGGGCCUGUGGCUGAGACUGCUGGUCAGUCUCUCGUGCGCGGAAGAUGGCCAGCAGAGUAUCCUUAGGGUGACCGGAGCCCUGGAACUGCUAACAGACUUGGCAACACAUCGGCGACAUGCGCUGCUCACCCUUCACAACCUUUGCUUCUGCUCUGCCAACAAGUCGCAUGUCAUCGCAAACGACAAAGCCAUGAAGGUGUUGCUGUGCUGUCUGGACAGUAAAGAUACGGAAACCCGCUGUGUGGGAGCGUCUGCACUUUGGGCGUUGCUCCACAACAAUCAGAGGGCCAAGACUUAUUUGAAGUGUCCCUCUGUUCGAUUGAGAAUUGAGGAGGCACAAGCCGUCUCUAAGAAGGAUGCAGAGAAGAAGCAAGAACCCACAAGUGCCUACCUGCUGAAGUGCCUCGAAAAUCUUUCCGAGCUGCUAAAUAGAUGAAUGAAUUGUCUUUUUUUAUAAAUAUUGUUUUGUAUCAUGUUUUAUAUCUAUCAAGUAAGAUUUAAUGUGGAUAUUAAAAUUGAUCUUGGCUUGUC